AUGCUGUUCAAUCUCCGAACCUUCAGUUUUGCCGAAUCCGUUGAAGACGAUCCAACACCUCCUAAAAGCUUCUCUAUAAAGGAGCUCCGACGCGCGACGGACAACUUUAGGAACAACAACAUCGUGGGGUACUUUCUGAGUGGCAAGGUUUACAAGGGGCGCUUGGCCGAUGGUUCGCUAGUGGCAGUACACAGAGCAAGCUAUGUCCAUUGGUUCGGCAAGGAGAGCUUCGAAGCAGAAGUGCAAGCGGGAAGCACCGUUUUGACGCACCCAAAUGUGCUAUGCCUGAGGGGCUUUUGCAGGACCAAGAAAGAGCUCUUACUGGUGUAUCCCUGGAUGAUCAACAACAGCCUAUCAUACAAUCUUACAGAGAGACCAGAUCGGUCUGCCCGACCUCUCAAUUGGACUACUCGCAAGCGAAUAGCCUUGGGAGCAGCAAGGGGGCUUGCAACGUUCCUGGUCCUUUUGACCGCCCGUUGA